AUGCAUUACAGGUGGAUGGAGGUCUGCUUGGAAGAAGAGCUGCCCCCAACUACAGAGCUGGAAGAAGGCUUAAGAAAUGGUGUUUACCUUGCAAAACUUGCAAAAUUCUUUGCCCCUAAUGUGGUGUCAGACAAAAAGAUCUACGAUGUGGAGCAGGCACGCUAUAAGAGAUCUGGCCUUCAUUUUCGACACACUGAUAACACUGUGCAGUGGUUAAGAGCAAUGGAGUCCAUUGGUCUGCCUAAGAUCUUUUAUCCAGAGACGACAGAUGUCUACGAUAGGAAAAACAUCCCUAGAAUGAUAUAUUGCAUUCACGCUCUAAGUUUAUAUCUGUUCAAACUAGGAUUAGCACCGCAGAUCCAGGACCUACUGGGAAAAGUAGACUUUACAGAGGAAGAAAUCAGCAACAUGAGAAAGGAGCUAGAGAAGUAUGGUAUACAGAUGCCAUCCUUUAGUAAAAUUGGUGGGAUUCUGGCCAGUGAAUUAUCAGUGGAUGAAGCUGCAUUGCAUGCAGCAGUAAUAGCGAUUAACGAAGCUAUUGAGAAGGGAAUAGCUGAGCAAACCAUUGCAACUCUGAGGAACCCAAAUGCAAUGUUGUUAAACGUGGAUGAGAAACUUGCACAGGACUAUCAGAAUGAACUCUUUGAAGCUAAAAGGAGAAAAGAAUCAAAUGCAAGACUUAAGAAUGACACGAUCUCUGAAGAAGAGAGAGACGUCUAUGAGGAGCUGCUGACACAAGCUGAGAUUCAAGGCAAUAUCAAUAAGAUAAACAUUCACAUAGCUUUAGUCCAAGUGAAUGAGGCUAUUGACCGGCAAGAUGAAGUGGCACUAAUAGCAGGUUUGAACCAUCCUGCUCUGAGCCUACUUGAAGUUCUGCCGCAAAAUUCCUCAUGGUACCUAUUGCAAUUGUGCGAUUCUAAAGAACAGAAAAUGCAGAUAGCAGGGGUUCCAAAUAUGCUCGACAAAAGUGAAAUACAGAAAGAAGUUAGUGUUGCCAAUGUGGAAGCUGAGGCUCACAAGCUUAAACUCAUAGCAGUUGACAAUAUCAAUACUGCAAUUCGUAACUGUGAUCCUAGUAAAACACUGGUUGCACUGAUGAAACCGGAGGCGCAGCUGCCUGUUGUUCACUCAUUUGCUGCUACUGUCUAUCAGACUGAGCUGUUCAACCUUCAACAACAGAAUGCUGUGACCUACCUGGCACAUGAUGAACUGUCUAUUGCAGUAGAAAUGUUGUCAGCUGUUGUGUUGCUAAACCAGGCCUUGGAAAAUAAGGACAUCCUAAUGAUAAAGAAUCGCCUCAGAAACCCAUGUGUUGGCUUCAAUAAUCUGGAGGAGGAAAACUUUCAACGUUAUGCUGAUACACUAUUGUCUAUUAAGUCAGAGGCUUCAUCUCAAGGCCAAGAGUAUUUAAGCUGGAAUGAUAUCCAGAACUGCAUUGACAUGGUUAAUAUGCAAAUUCAAGAAGAAAAUGAAAGAAUCAUUGCAAUUGGCCACAUUAAUGAAGCAAUUGACCAAGGAAAUCCUGAGAAAACUCUGGAAACCCUACUGUUGCCAACAGCCAAGCUGCAAGAUGUAAGACCAGUAAAUGCAAGGCAUUAUCAGGAUGUUCUGCACCAUGCCAAAGCACAGAAAUGCAAGGAAUCCCAAGAUGAAUCAGCACUUCUGUGGCUGGAUGAAAUACAAAAAGGAAUCAGUGAUGCCAAUAACAAUAUAAAAGAAGCAGCAAUCUUGGCUGUUGGAACAUCAAUGAUUAACAAGAGCUUGGAGAAGGGUGAUUCACAGCCAAUCCUGAUGAUACUGCAGUCCAAGUUUGGAUUACGAGUCAUCCCUGAGUGUGCUGAAACUUUAUUCAGGAAGCUCUCCGAAGUCAAGAACCUGAAAACUAGAGAAGAUACUAAUGAAAGUCCAUGGAUUAAACUUGUAAUGAAAAACAUGUAUGAUUACUAUUACAAUGUGGAAACUGAGGAAGGUACCUGUUUUGCCCCUGAAGGAGUUGUACCAAAAACUUCAUGGUUAACUGGUGAAGAAAUCCAGAGCAUUGUUGGGCAAGUUACAGCAGAUUACAAUCGAGAGCAGCUGUGGCUUGCUAAUGAAAAUCUGAUUGUUCAGCUUCAAGCCCGAGCAAGGGGAUUCUUAGUCAGAAAAAAUUAUCAUGAGAGAAAGGCAUACCUUCAAAACCAGGAACCAUCUGCCAUCAAAAUACAGGCUUUCUGGAAAGGAUUCAAACAAAGGAAAAGCUAUGUUGACAGAUUAAAGGUGCUUCGAGGCAAUGUUACUGCUGUUAUUAAGAUUCAGUCAUGGGUCAAAAUGUGGCUAGCAAAGACAGCUUAUAGGAAACGGCUGCAAUACUUCAAGGAUCAUAAUGAUGAAAUUGUGAAGAUACAAGCAUUUCUCAGAGCAAACAAAGCCAGGGAGGACUACAGAACACUAAUUGGUGCUGAAAAUCCACCCUUGACUGUCCUCCGCAAAUUUGCCUACCUCUUGGACCAAAGUGACUUAGACUUUCAAGAAGAGCUAGAAGUCACCAGGUUAAGGGAAGAAGUGGUUACAAAGAUUCGAUCCAAUCAACAGCUGGAGAAGGAUUUGAACUUAAUGGAUAUAAAGAUUGGACUGCUGGUGAAAAACAGAAUCACUCUUCAGGAUGUGGUACUGCACAGUAAGAAACUCAACAAAAAGAGCAAAAGUCAGCUGGAAGAGAUGGUUAUGGUUGACAAACAGGGUAUCAAAGGUUUGAGUAAAGAGAGAAGAAAAAAACUGGAGGCUUAUCAACAUUUAUUUUACCUUUUGCAGACUAAUCCCACGUAUCUGGCAAAGCUGAUUUUCCAGAUGCCACAAAACAAAUCAACCAAGUUUAUGGAUACGGUAAUCUUCACUCUAUACAACUAUGCCUCCAAUCAGCGAGAAGAAUAUCUGCUUCUCAAACUCUUCAAAACUGCUCUAGAAGAGGAGAUAAACUCUAAGGUAGACCAGAUACAGGAUAUCGUUACUGGAAACCCCACUGUCAUUAAGAUGGUUGUCAGUUUCAAUCGAGGUGCACGUGGACAGAAUGCUCUGCGCCAGCUCUUGGCCCCAGUGGUGAAGGAGAUCAUGGAGGACAAGUCCCUCAUAAUCAACACUAGUCCUGUGGAUGUGUACAAGUCAUGGGUAAACCAGCUGGAAAUGCAGACUGGUGAGGCCAGCAAAUUGCCAUACGAUGUAACCACAGAACAAGCAUUAACACACACAGAAGUGGUCAAUAAACUGGAAUCAUCAAUUCAGAGUUUGCGAGCAGUAACUGACAAAGUUCUCGUGUCUAUAUUCUCUUCUCUCAAUAUGAUGCCUUAUGGAAUGAGAUACAUAGCCAAAGUUCUGAAGAGCUCGCUCCAUGAGAAAUUCCCAGAUGCAACAGAAGAUGAACUAUUAAAG